GGCAACACCGGUAGAUGAUUCAAGAAAAAGGCAAUUGGAUUUUUAGAAGCCGUGCGUUGUUGUGCCGCAAUCUUAGGAAAGCUCACGUUGAAUUCACUGAAAUUUUACUAGUUUCUUAUCUCUUAUUGUCCACUAGUUAACAUGUCGAAAGAAGAGGCAGCAAUUCCCCCACCCAUUAUUUGGGCUCAGCGAUCCGGUGUUGUUUUUGUAACAAUAAAUGUAGAAGACUGCAAAGAUCCAGACAUUAAGAUCGAAGAAGACAAAUUUUAUUUCAAAAGUGUAGGUGGCGUGGAGAAGAAAUUAUAUGAAGUCACAGUUCCACUAUAUAAAGAAAUAGAUCCAGAAAAAUCAGUGAAGCACGUUCGUGAACGACAAAUUGAAUUAGUGCUUAAGAAGAAAGAAGACAAAGGACCAUACUGGCCCCAUUUGACGAAAGAAAAGAAUAAGUAUCAUUGGUUAAAGGUCGAUUUCAACAAAUGGAAGGAUGAGGAUGAUAGUGAAGACGACAUGGAAGGCAUGGAAGGAGGAGGCUUUGAUGAUCUAAUGCGAUCGAUGGGUGGAAUGGGAGGUAUGGGUGGAGGUGACGACAAACCUUCAUUCGAAGGAAUGGAUGACGAAGACUCAGAUGACGAAGAUCUUCCUGACCUAGAAGAGUAACAGUGAUAAACUUAACACCAAUUCCAUUUCCAACCUUGUUUUUUGUAUAGCUCCGCGAAAGAAAAAGCGCAGAAUGAUCAGAAAAGUGUGUUUCUGGACAUAUGUCUCCGCUUUUCCUCACUUCUAAAUAGUUGUACUUGUAUUUAGUUUUUUCUUAAUUUUUCUUUUUUUUAAACUUUUAUCCAAGCCUUUGAUUCUGAAGUUAAGUAAGUGUAAUCAUUUGUUAAUUUGGCCUUAAACCAGUGUCAUUACAUAUAUGUAAAGCCAUCCUUUCCGUACUCAUUUUCAGUCGUUUACAUUGUUGUCUUUUGAGCGGCAGUAAGGUUUACGGAACCUUUAGAAAAUCUCUUCUUAAAUAUUAAAUAUGAAAGCCCUGUCUCCACUCGCCAGUUUUUUCGCAUGUGUGCAACUUGCACCAAGUGAUCCAAGGGGAGAACUGUGUGGAGAACCAAACUCAUGGUUUAACUCGAUUUCUUCCCUCUAAAUUUUGUUUUUAAAUCUAUAAAUUUUUUUUUUCUUUCAUUCCUCAGGCUUUACCAUGUCCUUCUUGUGUGGAUAAAAUAACCAGUUAAUUCUCAGGUUUAUGACCACUUUUCCCCUGUGUUCUCUCACAUUGGAAAGCAUAUAGAUUUCAUGAUCAUAAGUAAACUUUAGGAGACAGUGAUGAAGCUAGAGUAUUAUAUUGCAGAUAUUUCUUUCCCCUUCAUUUUUUCAUUUUGAAUAAUCGACUGUUAAUUUGUAUCCAUUACAGUUCCGGUUACUUAGGUUUAAAGUUUGUUUAUAGUUCAGCCAACUUUUAAAAUGGCUUAAUUUACCCUCUAGCUUUCCAUGUUCUAGAACAUGAUCGUCUUUAAUUUCAAUGAGCCCAUCAACUGCUUGCACAGUAAUUCAUUAAACUGUGAUUAAAAACUCUGUUGUGUUAGAUUUCAUAUCUAUGAGAUCUCUCCAAUUCUAACUUUAUUUAAUGCUACAAAUUGCCUCUUCCCCUUUAAAACUCUUUCAUCUCAAGAGCGCAGUACUUAGUAUGUGAUCUUCAGUUGAUAGUCCAUCUCUGUCUCUUGAAGUUUUCAAGUAAGAAAUCUGAAAUAUCUGUUUCUCAUUGGAGUUUAUUUUGUUUCAUCACGCAUAAUCACCAUUUUUUUUAACAGUUUCCUACUGAAGGCAGCUCAGUUUUCUCAGUGAACUUUUUUUUUGCCCUGCAGUUAUGCCAACUUUUCCAAUGGGAGUAAUUUUACUUCCAGUGGGGCUCUUCACAGACAAUAGUAGUUAAGCACUUACACUUUGUUUCGGGGUCCAUGUGAGCAAGUUUGAUGGCACCUUUUCCUUGCUCUUCCAAAGAUCUUUCUUUCCCUCAGUUUUUCAGGGUUUUUUACGGAACUUUUUCUAAAAUUAUACAUUUUUCCAACUCUGUUAUAAAAUUUAAAAACUCUCCAUUAUUUAUGCACCAAGGCAGUUCUCUUCUCAUCUGAUGAGAUAGUGCAUUUGCUCGUCCACAUACUUCCAAGAUUCAUCUUUUUCUUUCCAAUUUCUUCAACCAUGAUGUCGAUGAAGAAUUUCUGCAGUCAUGCUUAGUGAACCACACUUUAUUUCUGAAAAUGAUGGCUACCUUCGAGACUUGUAUGAAAUAUGUGGUUAAGAUCAGUGUACAUUUCACAACUGUCUAUUCUUUGUUUUAUUCGAAUUUCUUUUUUAUGCGUGAAUAAAUUUUUACACCAUUUUCCAGUA